UGUCGCCUGCCGAUGCGUGACAACACAAAAAAUAUAAAAUAAAACCGAAAGAAAGCAGGAAAAAAAGUGCGCAAUUACAGUUAUUAGCGGGACACAGUGAGCUUCACCUUAGCGGACUAAACGUUGUCUCAUUAAAGUGAUUAAUACAGCUAAAACUAAUAAUAAUAAUAAGUAAUGACAAAAAGAAAAGUGCAAUUAUCAACCACGGUGCGUGGCAACAACAAUUGAAAGGCGGCCCAUUCUACCUCUCUUUCCAUACUCUCCCGCCCUCGCUCUUCCUUUUGCGUUUCGUUUCCACACGGUCCACCGUCGUCGCCGCUUGCGGUUCUUCUGCUCUCCGCACUCUCCACACGCUCAUUCGCCGCGAAAUCACAAACACAGACGGACGCGUCGCCGAGCGGCGCUUGUAAAUAUUUUUGUUAAUUGUACAUUUUAAUCGCACAAAAUGCAAUAGCCAGUGUAAACAAAUGCCGUUAACUGCUGUCGCAGCGCAAACUCUAAACGCAUGUUACGCACAAUAGUUGGUCCUAAGAACUAGGGGAUUUUGAACAUGAACAAAAAUGCCGGCGAUGGCAGCGAUGGCAAAAACUCAAACAAAAACUCGAAUGCGGGAGGGGGUGCUGGAGCCGGGGGGCCGCAUGAUCCCACCGGCCUCCUAGAUGCAGCUUCCCUAUUUGCUUACUGGGGACGUGAUCCCACUGGAGCGGCGGCUGCAGCGGCCUCCAAUCCGUUGUUCAACUCGCAGUUCAAUGCUGCCGCUGCUGCCGGAUUGGGUUUAUUGCCACAAGCCGGAGGCGCUUCUGCCAAUGACCGUUAUUCAAUGGCUGCGGCAGCGGCUGCGGCGGCGGGUGCCCAUCAUCACCAGAACACGAUGGCAGUGGCCGCUUCCCAGGCCGCCAGUUUGGCCGGUUUGCAUCCAGCAAGCUGGUGGUCCAUGGCUCAGUUAGCAGCCCAGGAUUACUUCAGUCGCCUGCAGGCAUCGGGCCUCUCGCCCUUCCCACAUCCCGAUCUAGCAGCUGCCUUUGGACCAGCCGGUAUGGGGAUGGGCGGUGGCGCUGGAGGUGCGGGUGCUGGAGGCGGAGGAGCAGGUGUACUUGGCCAAGGUGGAGGUGGUGGAAACGGUGGAAGUGGUAAUGGAGGCGGUGGAUCAUCAUCCAGUUCCUCGGGCAGCAAAUCGAACAAGUCGCGGAAAGAGAAGCGUGCUGCCCAGCAGCAACAACAACAACAGCAGAGCCUGGCUAAUAGUCUAAAUGCGGCAGCUGCGGCGGCAGCAGCAGCAGCGGCUAAUAAUCCAGCCGCAGCGCUUGCCAGUAUGCAUGGAUUCGGAGUAGGAGUUCCGGGUACCAGCAUUCCGUCAGUGAGCACGGGCAGUGGUUCUAUAUCCACCAAUAGUGGAGGUCAUGGGAGCUACAAGAGCACGGCUAGCGCCUAUGGAAAACCCUCGACUAUGACGAGCAGCAGCAUGGCAAGCAAUCCGGGCUCUGCCUACGAUCCGGUGACCCUUCACAAGGAGCUGCUGGCCAUGCAGGCCGUGGCAGCUGCUGCUUCCGGUUCAGGAUCAAGCAGUUCUUCAGGCAAAAAGUCCGGUGGAGGCAGCUCAUCAUCCUCUUCGAUGCACGGCCAUGGAUUGGGAAUGGGAAGCGGCGGUGGGUUGAUGUCCAGUAGCAAAGCUUCGACCAGCGUGAGCGCUAGCAAUUCUUCACUAGGAGGAAUGCAUCCCAGUCUUGCUAACAGCAAUCCACUGAUGUCGCCACAUGCAGGACUAGGCUCUUCGUCUUCAUCAUCCGGCAAAGAUCGUGACAAGAACAAUCCCUCAUUAAAUGCCCUCAACUCGUUGUCGCAGUUUGGAGCGUUGGGAAUGACGCCGCAGCAGAGUAUGCAGGCGGCCAUGAAUGCUUUUGCGGCCAGCACAGGAGUAUCGCCCUCCGCCACGGUCACCUCUUCGCCACAUCACUCCUCCCAGCAGCAGCAAAUGGGCGGCAAUAGUUCCACGUCGGGAUCGGGCAGCAAGUCCAGCGCCAAGGAUUACAUGAUGGGGACUGGCAGUGAGCAUCCGUCUCUGCUGGGAGUUCGUUUACCACCGGACACGGAGAUAAUCAAGUACACGUCCUCGAUUGUGGGACCCAAGAUACCUGGUACUACCUCGCGCGGUCGCAAAAAGACAAUUUCCGAAACAGAACAGCAAACCACACAACAACAACAGAAACAACAACACCAAGCAGAACAACACCUACUCCAACAACAGCAACAAGCACAAGCACAAGCACAAAAAGAGCUCGAUAGCACCACAAAUGCCAUUUCCUCUCUGCUUGCAUUUCCAGGUCUCAGUCCCGCGAAGCGGGCUAGACUCGAAAUGGAGUACGCGGCAAUGGCUGCGGCUGCCCAACAGCAACAUCAACAGGCCCAGCAGCAACACCAAGCACAACAGCAACUCCACGGGAUGCUGGGAGCAGCAGGGAUUCCGGGAAUGGCUGGAUUGGUCGGUCUGCCCGGUAUGAGUGGUAAUCCUCUUGAUCAGUUAAGUGUGAGCAAGGCCAGUUCUUCGACGGCAGCCACAACCAGUACCAGUUCCUCCUCAGCAGGGAGCAACCUGCUUAACCAGAGCUCCAGUGAUCGCGUGGAGGUAAUCAAACUGCCACCAACAAUCACUUCCAAUGGGGCAUAUAAUCUCUCAAGUAAGGGAAAAGAGGUGCAUGACCUAACCACCGAUCUGGCACCCACAUCCGGAGGUGUGAAUCUCAGCCUAAAGUCUAAUGCCAACGCCAAUGCCUUGACACCCAGCGGAGCCGUGGGCUCAGCCUCCAAUCCCAUCACCAUCGAUGACUUUGAUGCGCCACUUAAUCUUUCCAUGAAACCCUCGGAUAAGAGCAACAGUAGCUCGACAACUCCCGUUGGAGGGGCAUCCUCCUCUUCCAGUGCAGCGUUGGGCGGUUUAGCUGGAGACUAUCAGGCGGUUGCCACUGGCCAGAGCGGGAAUAGUCUGCAGAGCUUAAGCUCUAUUACAGCUGCUUUGGGAGGAACUGGAGGCAUGCCUGGUGGUUCCAUUUCGGGCAGCGGAGGAACAUCCCCAGCUCCGGCAGGUGCCGGCACGGGAGCCUCUGGUGGAUCGGGUUCUGGUUCCGGUGGAGGAUCGUCGUCCUACAAAGAGGGCAGACCCCGUAACCUAGGACGUGGUGUGUCCAAACCGAAGAAGAACACGGUGGCGUCAUUGUUGGCUCAAUCUCGAGCUGUGGGCCUAAAACCCAUGUUGGCCACACAGCAACUUCUCCAACAGGGUGCUGAUAUUGAGAAAAUCCGUCUGGCACUGAGCGAGGCCAAUGCCCAUAUGGAGACCUCUACGGAUUCUGAGAGCGUAGCGGCUGAAAGUGGACUUUCCGAGUCGGAAAGUGAGGAUGCAAAUAUUUUGAAUGUGGCGGAGCUAAGAGUACCACUGGAAUUGGGUUGGAAACGAGAAACCGUGAUCCGUGGACUGACCAAGCAAGGACAGAUCCGUGGCGAGGUCACAUAUUAUGCACCAGGCAGCACGACACCACUGAAGAGCAACGGACAGGUUUUUGCUAUCCUGGAGCAGCAGCCAUCGAAUCUGAGUCGUGAGAACUUUAGUUUCUCCGCACGAGCCAUUGUUGGUUCAUUCCUGCAACCCGCACCACCACCAUAUGCCAACGAUGGCGAGUACAUACGGAUGACGGACGAGGAUGUGGCCAAGCGUCUAGAAGACCUAAAAGUCUUCACUCGCCAGACACUCAAUGUGGAACAGCGCAUUGAGAUCGCUAAGCAACAGCAGGCUAUGCGAGAUGCCAAGAAGUUGCAAAAGGAGGAGUUGGCUAGAAAUAAGGAGAAGGCACGCCAAGAGAAGAACUCCAAGUUGGAGCAGCAACGUAAAGACAAGGAGCUCAAGAAUCAGCAGGCCAUUGAGGAGCGCAAGAAGCGUCAGGAGGAGUUAGAUCGCCUUAAGCAGGAGGAAUUGCUUAAGAAGCAACAGGAGAAAGAAAAGCGUCGUCAGGAGGCCAUUUUAGCUAAGGAACAGGAACUACAAAAGCAAAAAGAAAUGCUGUUGGCUGCCGAAAUGGAACGAGAGCGUCGUCGUCAGCACAUGAGCCUGAUAAGGAUGUUAGAGCUGCGUCGUAAAUUCGAGGAUCGUGAAAAGAAGAAGCACCAGUUGGUGCUGGAUCGUCUACUUCUCCGUGAGCGUCGCAUGGCAGAGCGAAAACGAGAUGCAGAGAUACUGCAGUUAAUAAGGCGGCCCAACGAGGACUCUGAACUGCCACAGGAGUUGGUGAUCCCAGAGCUGGAUAGGAUUGCGGGCAACCGUCUACCCGGCCAGGCAAUGGCUGAUCUGCUGAUGGUCUUUGAAUUCCUGCACAAUUUCGGAGAGACUCUAGGCUUUGAUAUGGAAUCACUGCCCUCACUGCAGAAUCUGCAUGACGCUUUAAUCAGCGAUAGCAGUGCUGAUGCUGAAGAGGAGUUGCUGUCGGUAAUGACGCAUCUAUUGGUUUGUGCCAUUGAGGAUCCAGGUGUUCCCAAUCCCGGUAGACACACCACUUUGCUGGGACAAUCACUUCGUAACGCGGAUAUCACCAACUCGAAUGUUUCGGAGAUCUUGAGGAUCUAUCUGUAUGCCACCGCCACAGGUGAAGUGCGUCAAAUGCAUGGCAUCACUGUGGAUCGCGAGCGGGAGAGACGAGUGCCCGAUCAUCAUCAAGUAGAUACCGAUUCCGCCACUCAUUCACACUCGGUCAAGAACCAGGAGUACUAUAAGCUCCUCCACGAGAACGACACCUGGAAGUUAUCACAAUCGCUAAAGGAUCGUCCCUUCGUGGCAUUGAAUCCCACCCGUAAGGCUCAAAUGUUGGCCCACCUUUGCAAUGAUCUGCUGAUGAACAAGGCGGUGCUCCGUCAGAUUGAUGGCAGUCUCGAGACCUGCGCCCAGAUGCGUAAAGAGAAGUACAUGACGGACAUGAAGGUGCGCAAGUACAAGGCACUUCAUAUGCGCAAGGCACGAAUUGAGGCCUAUGAACGAGCACAAGCAGAGCGCGAGGCUGCGAUGCAGGCGUUGAUGGCGCAGCAGAAGCUGGAUGCAGAACGUCUCAAAGCGGAGGAGGAAGCCAAGGCCGCGGCAGCAGAGGAAGCAGCAGCGGCAGCAGGCACAGAUGGAGAGGCAACCAAUGGCGAGAAGCCCGAAGAGAACGAUAAGGAUGAGCAGCAGGUGACUACCAAGGAACCCACCCAACAGCAGCAGCAACCCAUGGAUGUUGAUGGUGUGGUCGAAGAGGAAUCCCUUGUUAGCCCGGCCAAGAGCAUCAUCCAAACGGACAACAGUCUGACGCCCAACAAACAAGACAUUACCACGCCCACCUAUCAAGUUAAUGGAACCAGCACGCCCACGACUAGUGCUGCAACUGGUGGCGACAUGAAUGCCCUGCUGCAGGCCAAGAAGAGCGGAGCACGUAACUCCAUUAACGAUGAGCACCACCAUGAUGUUAGCAUUAUCGACGAUGAUCUCUCCGACUUGGAUUCGGAGAUCACGAAUGUCGAAGAGGAUGAAGACAAUCGCUUGAGUGCCGAUGAGUUGCAGAAGAAGCUGGACAAGAUUGUGAGAGCUUCUCUCAACUGCAAAGAGGCACUGGAGAAGAGCACCAAUCAGCUUAGAGCGGCAUGCUUUGGACAGGAUCGUUUCUGGCGUCGCUAUUGGAAGUUACCCAAGGCGGGUGGCAUCUUCAUCGAAGCUCUUGAAUCUGCCCAGAAUGAUAUCUGCGGUUACAAUGAGGCAUUGGAGGGCAUGGAUGACAAGAAGGAACCAGCUGAUGAGAAAGAAAACAUGGAGAAUGAGAAAACUGCUGAAGGGGAGUCCACCGAACAGCCAAUGGAGGUGGAUGAAUCAGUCACACAGCUAGAGGACGGAGUUCCAGCUCAGAAUGUGGAGCCGGAAACUAGUGAACAGAAUGCUCAUCAAGACGAGGAAGAUGACGAUGAUGAUGUGACAGAAAUCAACAAGGUAGAACCGGAAAUUGUUGAUCUUGGCGAUGAUGACGAUGAUGCAGAUCCACCACCGCCCAAGAUAGAACCUCCUAGGCCAGAGAUUAAAGUUAAGUCGGAGAUGGAGUUAAUGGGCCCGCCGCCCACUACGAUGAUAUCAACCAAGACCGACUUUGAGGCGGAAAUCAAGAUACCCUCAAUGCCAGGCAUCCUGAUGCCUCCUACUCUGAACAAUAACAACAACAGCAAUAACAAUAACAACAACAAUGGAAGCGACAACUGUGAUAAGUUGGAAACUGGCUUGGGAUUGGGACAACAGCAGCAGCAGCCGAACUUUGGCCAGGCUGUGAUCAAGAUGGAGGAUAUGAAGAAGGAGGAUGACUGCAUUAUAGUUUCCACCACCAGUAUUGACGAUACACCCAAGUGGUUCUCCAUUGUCCGCCGGGAAGUACCCUUAAUCAGUGAACUGCCAGCGGAGGAGGGCGGUGUGGUUGGCCAGGAACUGCAGAACACCUUUGCAAACCAGAAUUGCUCCGCUCAACUGCAACUGCAGGGUCAUCCUUGGGAUCUGAUUAAUAACAUGCAAUACUACUCGAUUCCCAUGGACGAAUGCAAGGUGGACACCAGUAAGCUGGGCCACGAGUGCAUCUUCUCGCUGAGUGGCCUCGAUGAAAAACAAAUGGUAGCCAAGGUGGAGGAGUUCAAAGCCCACAAGGUGGAGUCAAAAAACGGUCUGGGCUCUCCUCAUCGCCACCACGAGACUGAAGAUGAUGAGGAGCAGGCCAAGCUGAAGUUGGACAAGGAGAACGACACCGAAAUGGAAACGGAUGUUGAUGAACUGGCUGGCAAGGACAAGUUUUUUCGCUUGCGCUCUGAUGUGCCCCCGGAUACGGGAGGAGGGACAAACGAGGGAACCGAUGUGAAACCCAAGAUUGAGCUGCGCUUAGAUGAGGCUCUGUCGCAGGCAUAUUACCACAACAUUGCCAAUAUGUCGCUGAGUAGCGUGCAAACUUAUAUACCCAUCGAUAUACCGCUACCACUUUCCAUGACUCCCGAUGAACAUCGUCUGCUCGAGCAGGUCAAGCUCUCUGGUUUUCCGGAACGAGUUCAUGGAGUCUAUGUUCCUCGCAGGCAGCGCUACGGUUGGUGGCAAUUGGACGAUGAACAGAAGUUGCGCCAACUGCUCAAAACACUGAAUCCUUCCGGUCUGAGGGAGCGGGAAUUGCAGGAGAAUUUGCAACGUUUCCUGGGACUAGAACAGCCAUUGGGUGUGAAUUAUCAGUUGAAAUCGGACGCAGAGUUUCCGGAGGAAUUCCUUAUGCCAGACAAGAAGGGCGAUUGGAAUCCUAAGGUGGCGAAACGUGUGGAGCUUGCCCUCAUCGAACAACUGGAAUCCCUGGAGGACAAAGUGGCCAGUGCUUCUAUGCAAUUGAAGAACUGGCAAUUGCCCAACCGCGUAGAGAGUGAACUCACCUUGGACUCUCAGGAGGAUGUCACCGAAGAGGAUUUCGUGAGCAUUAUCCCUAUGAUCCGGGAGAGGAUUAUCGAUUUGGAGGCAAAUAUCGAAAGGCGCUAUUUGAAGCCACCAUUGGGUUCGCAGACGGGCGAUGCUCAUUUGGCGGUGAUUGCUCAGAACCAGCAUACCACGACCCAGACGCAGAAUUCCGCCUCGGCGGCAGCAUAUCUCCUGCAGAUGCAACAGCAGCAGCAACAACAAUUGGCUCAACAACAACAACAGCAGCAACAAGGAUCAGGAACUGGCAACAGCGUUAAUCCCUCGUCCUUCAAUGAGCGCACAAUGGCUCUGGCGGCAGCUGCAUCUGGCAAUGCAACGGGAGGCACUGCACCAGGAGGAGGAGGAGUAACACCAUGUGAAUCGGGCAGCGGGGAACCCACGUCUGGAAAUGCCUCACCGGCUAGCAAUUGUGACAGUGAUCGGGAUGAGAAGAUUGAGCAUAUACCCAAGGGAUUGGUGCAGUGGCGCGAUGCAGUCUCUCGAUCCCACACCACCGCCCAGCUUGCGAUGGCCCUGUACGUCCUGGAAUCCUGUGUGGCCUGGGACAAGAGCAUUAUGAAAGCGUAUGCAACAAAAAACAAGUCCAGCAAAAAGAAGAGCAGCGCCAAAAAGCAGGCAACACCAUCGAAAAAACAGCAGCAAAAGAAGAAGAAAAAGGAGCAACAGUUGACCACCAAUGGGCAAAAGAACGAAUCACCUAGCAAAAAGCCUGAGAAGAAAGCUCCAUUGAGUAUUAAAAUCAACCUAAAAGCAUUGGCUCAAAAUGGACACGAUUCGCUGCAUCAAGGCCAAACUAAAACCCUUUUCCCAACCAAAUCCCUAUCCACAUCCCCAUCUCCAUCCUCAAAUCCAAACACUAGCGACUCCGACUCGGACUUUGGCAAACGGACUAAGAAGAAGAGCGGCGGCAAACGCAGACGCUCGGCCAACAAUACAAACUCUAGCAAAUAUUCAAAUUCCUUACAGAAUUGCCAGUUCUGCACGUCCGGCGAAAACGAGGACAAGUUGCUACUAUGCGACGGCUGCGACAAGGGCUAUCACACCUACUGCUUCAAACCCAAGAUGGACAACAUUCCCGAUGGCGAUUGGUACUGCUACGAGUGCGUGAACAAGGCCACCAAUGAACGCAAGUGCAUCGUUUGUGGCGGUCAUCGUCCAUCGCCAGUGGGGAAGAUGAUCUACUGCGACUUGUGUCCACGUGCCUACCAUGCCGAUUGUUAUAUACCACCGCUGCUGAAGGUGCCGCGUGGCAAGUGGUACUGUCAUGGAUGCAUCUCCCGUGCGCCACCGCCCAAGAAACGCAGUGCCGGUGGAUCGGCGAGCAGUAGCAGCAAGUCAAGAAGGGACAGGGAAAGAGAUUCGGGCGGAUCAGCCAAGCGACGCAGCGACAACAGCAAGACACCGGCCAUGGAUCAUAUGCAGCAGCAGCAACAUCAGCAGAUGCCAUUGGCAGGCGGGGAUCCCCACCAUCAUCAUCAUCAGCAGCCGCCGUCGUUGAACUCUUCGCACGAUGAGUCGAUGAAUUCGCUGCCGGCGGCUCCUCUGAGUCCGGCGCACUCGGUGGCCUCAGCCACGACGUACGAUGAUCAACACCAUGCCAACAACUCGAUCGACGGCAGCAGUCGCUUCCAAGCGCAUCUCAUCCCCCCGCCAAAUAAUGGUACUGCAGCGGCUCUGCCAGAAGAUGUGCCAGUCAGUGGCAGUGUGAUGCCUCCGAGCACCUAUCCAGUUUAUCCGCCAGUUGGGGCUGGUAACUUCUCAGCCGGAUUGAUUAACCCAGCAGCGGUGCCUACUACAGCAGCGAUGCAGUUUGGUAACGUGGUCGCCAUGUCCCCACGGGCUGUUACACCCACUCGCACACGAACGCCGACACCGACGCCAGCACCCACUCCGCCACCACCACUGCCGCCGACACCGCUGCUCAUGCAGGCCUCGCCCACAGCCACCGCCCUCCAUGUAACCGCCUGUCAGUCGCCACCCCAACAACAUCAGCAGCUGAUGACCAUGCCAUCGCCACCAGCUAUUGGAGUGGGAACGGGAACAGGAACUAACCAAAUGUCGCCACCACCUAUCAACAUACAUGCCAUACAGGAGGCCAAGGAGAAGCUAAAGCAGGAGAAGAAGGAAAAGCAUGCCACCAAGAAGCUCAUGAAGGAGCUGGCCGUCUGCAAGACCCUAUUAGGGGAAAUGGAGCUCCAUGAGGACUCCUGGCCAUUUCUAUUGCCAGUAAACACCAAGCAGUUUCCAACAUAUCGAAAAAUAAUCAAAACUCCCAUGGACUUGUCCACGAUCAAGAAGAAACUGCUGGAUUUAAGCUACAAAUCCCGUGAAGACUUCUGCGUGGAUGUGCGUCAGAUCUUCGACAACUGUGAGAUGUUCAACGAAGACGAUUCACCCGUUGGCAAGGCGGGGCACGGAAUGCGCAAGUUCUUCGAAUCACGUUGGGGCGAACUUACUGACAAGCAUUCUUGAUCCUGCACCACCGGCAUGCCACAGAUUCAGAUGGCUACCACCAACAGUACUAUGACCACUGGCACCACCAAUAACAUGGCCGGCACAGCCACACAUCCCAUUGAAAUGGUCACCCUGAUAGCCACAUCGCAUGAGGAGGAGGGAGCCGUGGAGACGACAACAGCAUUAACUGAAGCAGCACAAUUUUGGUCAAGAGAUUAGAAUAGAUUAAGCAGAGAAAUUGUACAUAAAUAGGGAGAUAGAUGAGAUGGUUAGUUAUAGUCUAAAAGCAGCAUGCACACAUUAAUAUAUAUUUAUAUAUAGUAGAUAUAUAAACCAACACGCGAGAGUAUUCAACGUCCUACGUCGGCGAAGACCUUUGAAAGAGGUAGCUUUGAUUAAAUUAGAUCACCAGCCAAGGCGAACAACCAGCAUGCAAGUGAGAAAUUGUAUUUAGUUUUUAAGCAUUCAAGGGCGGCAAAAGCAGCAACAGGCAGCAGAAACAGUAUAAACAAUAACUAUUAGCCGACAUAAACUAGCAGUUAGAGAUCGUAUCGCAUAAGAAGCCAUCGUACAGUAGGCGCCCGGACAUGAUGAACGCUGACAAAUGACAAAUGACAAAAAUGAAGACGUACAAAAAAACUGUCUACCAAUUUCCGAUCCGAUCGAUCGAUCCAUCGAUUUGAAACAGUAUUUUGUGCACAAAGCAGCUGCGUCGCUUUGUUUUCUAAACACUUUUAAUUCUAAAACUAAAUUUAUGAGAAUAUUAUUUUUUAAGCACCAACGAGAAGAGCGCUCAUUUAAGUUUUAAAGUGUAUUUUGUACUUAUAACAACUCCGACAUCUGUAUUUAAAACGUAUAUUAUAUUAACUAUAGAGCUAACGAUUUUGCCCAGGCAAAGAUCCGAACAAUUAUAUACUCAAAAGGCAAGGAGGAGGAGGUGCGAGGAUGAUUUGUAAAUGUAAAUGGAAUGGAAAGCAAAUUAAAAAAUUAAAUGUAUUAAAUUAUUUAUUCUGUGUAAAUUUUCCACAACUGUAGUUGGUAUUUUGAAACGUAAACUUUUUGGCAAAUCGCAAAUACAACUCGAAAUCAAAUCAAAUUCAAAUUGAAAACUAAAUUUAUAUUAAAAAAAACUAAUCGAAAAGGAGGUGAGAUAGUAAAGUUGAAGUAAGGUGGACAUAUCCUAGCGGGAUCUAAGCGCAACUCCAGGACAGUAUUAGGAUCUGGCGGCAAGCGAAGCAUCUGAAGUUUUAGCUGUAUAUAGAAAGUUAAUCGCAAACGAACAAAUUAAAAUUCAAGCCGAUGCAAGCAAUACAGAUUAGCAGCCUAUAUAUAUAUAUGGUGAAAUUGUUUGUGGGAGGGAAAGUACAUAAUUACAAAAUGUUACAUAUACAUUUACUAUAUAUACACUGAAUAACAAUUAGCAAAGCAAUGAUAUUUACACGAACUACAUUUUUGAAUAAAUCGAAACUCAUUUGCAGUGCAGCACAAUAAUUGAAUGAAAUUGUAACAGAAACGGAAAAACAGAAACAGAAACAGAAAUCAGAUAACAGAUAACAGAAUUAUAGAAAUGAGAUGUAUUACGAUUGCGAUGGCCAAGUUAAUAGUUUUUGCAACAAAAAGAAAGACAGACGAUAAUAAUUAAAAGAAAGAAAAUAAACACCAGACCAGAGAACUACCUACCUACAAGCUCACAGAUAACAGAUAACAAAUAACAGAUAGCCAGCCACCAUGUAUUUUUUAGCACAGCCAUUAUAGUUUUUAAAAGAGUUCAAUAUUACAGUAUAUAUAUAAUUUCGAUCCAUGUUUACCAGAUAGAAGACAGACAGAUAGAUAGAGAGAGAGUGUGUGUUGCUUGUGUGUAAAUAGAAAGCCCCUUUGAGAUCGAACCCAAUGCAUGUACAUUGUAUAUAAGAUAUAGAUUCUAACCAUUAAGGCAUAUAAGAUCCAAGUUCAAUAACACCCCCCUUCCCCAGCAUUACCUACAUCUGGUACGAGAGCAUGUUAUUGGCAUUCAUACAGUACAGUGUCACUUCACUAAUUGCAAUAAUCGCAAAAAAUGGGGGGACAAUUCUGGUAAGCUCCCUGCCAUUAACAAUAACUCUGCAUACAUAAUGGAAUCUUGAUUUGUAUUUAUUAUGUGUGUGUUCGUGGUGAUACAACAGAUAUAUAUACACAUAUAGAAAUAUAUAUAUAAUAUAUAUAUAUAUAUAUAUAUAUUUUAAAAAUUAUAUGUACCCAACCUACGCAUAUGUGAACGUAACUUACUCAUUAACAAAAUAUUAAACGAUGGAUAUACUCGAUAACCAAGCAUCCAUAUUAUGAUUGUGAGGGGAUAGCCGCCAGCUAAAACCACAUAUGCUAAAAAACAACAACAAAAACAAUACUGAAAAAAUUACAAAAAAAAUAAAUAAAUAAAAAACAAAAAUAAUACAUUUUGGUGGGGCAUUUUCGACAUUUGUGCACAAGGAAAAUAUAAGUAAAUCAUAUAAAACAUAAA